AUGAUAAGUAAUCUUAGAAGUUAGGAUAGUGUUCAAAUGUCUAUGAUGCAGUAGCCAUUUUCUUUCUAAAAUGUUUAUCAUAGUUUUGACGGUAAUGAUUAGAGAAUAAAGGUAAUCUAAUAAAUAAUAAUUAAUUAGAUAAAUUAGCUCUAAAUAAUUUAACAUAAAUUUAUAAAGUGUCUUAACAAUUUGAUUCGACAUUAGAAUAACAAAAAGAAAGGAAAUAUAAUUGUUUUACCAAACCAAAAUAAUCAGUUAUAUGUAUUUAAUAAUUCUAAAAUUCAAGAUUAUUUUUUAGGAUGACAAAAUUUUGAGAAAGAUUAAAGUUUAGGAAUCAAAUGACAGUACUUUCAUGUCUUUUCCAAGAAAUACAUUUCCUCUUAUAUAAUGUAACAAUUUAAAAAAUCAUUAGAUUAACCAUAUCCUUAAUUUUAUGCCAAUUAUCCACAAGAAUAAUAUGCACCAAUGCAAUACUAAAUAACUAAUCCUAUCUUAUAAUCUUAAGAUAGGUUUUUAGUUUAGCCUAAAUAAGUUCAAUAAAAUCAGCAUUUUCGAACAUCUGAUUUUUAGUUUUUUGGUUCUCAUGAUGAUUCUGAAUCUAUUGAACCUUAUUAGGUUGAAAAAGAUAGUAAGGAACAUAAAAAUUCUUAUUUUAAAUUAAAGAAUAGAAUUAAAAAAGGAAAAGUAAAUGAUACGAAAAACAUUACUAAAAAUUUUUCUAAAGCAAUAAUUACUUAUAUUAUAUAAAAUAAAGAUAUUGGACUAAAAAUAAUGAAUUAUGAAUAAUUUGAAGAAUUUGUAACAAUUUUAAAAGAUAAGAAAAAUCAGAUGACAAAUAUUAAAUAACUCAGGGAUCUUUGGGUUGAAACGAAUGAAGAGAAAAGUUAAUAAUUUAAUAAAGCAUUUAGAAUUUUCAGGUAUAUUUUUAAUCAAUAAUUAAUAGUGAAUACUUUUUAAAACAAUAGUCAGUGUCUUACAUUUAUAAUUCAAGAAUAGCAAAUACUGGAUGGCAUUUAAAAUACAGAUAUAACUUACUUCGAGCACUUAAAGAACCAGAAAAUUUUAAAUACAUCAAAGAUAUUUGA